AUGUUGAAAUCAUUACUUUUCUUCAUUUUGCUGGUCUUCUUCAUUACUUCUACAUUUGCUGCCCUUCAACUCUGCCACAAACCUGGGCAAUGUAAACCACCGGAGCAUUGUAUCAAAAGUUAUGGCGCAAUCGGAUUCUGUGGAUUGUAAUGGGUUUUUUUAAGGGAAAUGAAUUGUUUCUGGUGUCAAAAAUAGAUUUUUGUUGUUUUGGAGGGAAUUGGUAUAUGAAUGUUUUACGCCCCCAUCUUUUUUAUUACGUGCCCCCACGGUCAUUUAUGGUUUCAUGCCCCCACUCAUUAUGACUUAUGCCCCUACCCAUCACUGAGCGUAGUGUAGUUCAGCUACCCAGGUAUUGUGGAUUAGCAAACCGACUACUGUAGAUUAGCAACCAGAUUACUGUAGAAGAGCGACCCAACUACUGUAGAUUAGCAACCCAAGUACUGUAGAUUAGCAACCCAAGUACUAUAGAUCAGCUACCUAGGUACUGUAGAAUAGCAACCCAAGUACUGUAGAUCAGCUACCUAGGUACUGUAGAAUGGGAACCCAAGUACUGUAGAUUAGUGACCCAACUGCUGUAGAUCAGCCACCCAGGUACUGUAGAUCAGCAACCCAACUGCUGUAGAUCAGCGACCCAACUACUGUAGAUCUGCUACCCAAGUACUGUAGAUUAGUGACCCAACUACUGUAGAUCAGCGACCCAGGUACUGUAAAAUAGCAACCCAAGUACUGUAGAUUGGCAACCCAAUUACUGUAGAUUAGUGAACCAACUACUGUAGAUCGGCGACCCAAGUACUGUAGAUUGGCAACCCAAGUAAUGAAGAUUAAUUUUUAUAUUAUGGAUUUUUUUUAGGUCAAUACCAACUAAUUUAUUUCGAAAAAUAUCGACACAGAUACGUAGCAAACUUUAGAUUAAUCUACAGUACCUGGGUUGCUAAACUACAGUAGUCGGGGGUCUAAUAUAUAGUAGUCGGGUCACUUAUCUACAGUAGUUGGGUUAAUUUUUAUCAAAUUCUAUUUUUUUGGCUUCAUUUAAAAAAAAAUAUAAAUAGUGACAUUUAAUAAAAUGUUGGCACGUUUCCGUGAAAAAUCCAACAAAAAUGAAUCAUUUCAAAUUUUAUGAAGUCGGAAAAAUGGUUGGAGUUUGAGUGAUGUGAGUUUCAUUGGGAAAACUGAGUCGUCAAUAGUUUUGAUCAUUCACAAAUAAUACAUUAUUCGGGUCGAUAAUCUACAGUACUUGGGUUGCUAAUCUACAGUAGUUGGGUCACUAAUCUACAGUACCCGGGUCGAUCUUCUACAGUAAUCUGGUUGCCAAUCUACAGUAACUGGGUCGCUGAUCUACAGUACUUGGGUUGCUAAUCUACAGUAGUUGGUUCCCUAAUCUACAGUACUUGGGUAGCCAAUCUACAGUAGUUGGGUCCCUAAUCUACAGUACUUGGGUUGCUAAUCUACAGUACUUGGGUCGAUCUUCUACAGUAAUCUGGUUGCCAAUCUACAGUAGUUGGGUUGCCAAUCUACAGUAGUUGGGUCCCUAAUCUACAGUACUUGGGUUGCUAAUCUACAGUACUUGGGUCGAUCUUCUACAGUAAUCUGGUUGCCAAUCUACAGUAGUUGGGUUGCCAAUCUACAGUAGUUGGGUCCCUAAUCUACAGUAGUUGGUUCCCUAAUCUACAUUACUUGGGUUGCCAAUCUACAGUACCUAGGUUGCUAAUCUACAGUAGUCGGGUUGCCAAUCUACAGUACCUAGGUUGCUAAUCUACAGUAGUCGGGUUGCUAAUCUACAGUAGUCGGGUUGCUAAUCUACAGUAGUCGGGUUGCUAAUCUACAGUAGUCGGGUUGCUAAUCUACAGUAGUCGGGUUGCUAAUCUACAGUAGUCGGGUUGCUAAUCUACAGUAGUCGGGUUGCUAAUCUACAGUAGUCGGGUUACUAAUCUACAGUAUCUUGGGUAGUUGUUGUGACAUCGUCAGAGUGGAAAAAAACCCUGUGGGGGCACAAAACAUUCUGCUCCUGUGGGUGCAUGAAAAACAAGUGGUGGGGGCUUGAAAAACACUUGUUCCACAGUGGGACGUUUCGUGCACCCGGCACAAUACAUUUUCACGCGUUUUGCGCCCCCACAAUAAAAAAAGUGACCUGUUUUAUGCCCCCUAAAUUUUAAGCCCCCACUGGUUGUUUCGUGCUCCCACCCUUUUUUGUGCCCCCAUCAAUAAAUGGGUGGGGGCAUAGGUGGGUGCGCGAAACAACUGGGUGGGGGUGAAAAACAGGGUGGGGGCGUGAAACGCAGAUUUACCCUAAUCUUUAUUUUCUGGCACAUUUCAUAGUUCCGAACUCUGAAGAAACAGCUACAAAUUUACAGUAUUCGCCCGCAUCACAAUCCGAAUUUUGUUGACAAUAAGCUCCUGGAGUUGCCGAAGAAAUAG